GUCCGCCCUGAACGUGGCGGGAGCUGAAAUGAAUCCGUGAAGUAAACAGAAGAGCUUGUGCUCUGCAGAGAAAUGAUAUAAGUCUUCACACAUGGUGUUUGGAUAUGAGCAGGCUGCAUUCAGCGAUGGUUAAAGGAAAGAGAGCCGGACUGGAGAUGGUGGAGACCGCGAAGACAAAGCGGAAGAGGUCAAACACAGCUGUGAAACAAGAGGAAACCUCGAAUGCCUCCUCACCAUCCACAUACCACACUUUCCCUGAUCCUGCUGAUGUGGUGCUGCUGCGCUCUCAGCUCCUCCGCUGGUACGACAAGGAAAAGAGAGAGCUGCCAUGGAGGACUCUGGCUGUGACAGAGUCAGACCUCAACAUCAGAACGUAUGCAGUGUGGGUUUCAGAAAUCAUGCUGCAACAGACCCAAGUGGCCACAGUAAUAGAUUACUACAACAAAUGGAUGAAGCGUUGGCCCACGGUACAGGAUCUUGCAGCCGCUACACUAGAGGAAGUAAACCAGAUGUGGGCGGGUCUUGGCUACUACUCCAGAGGAAGAAGACUGCAUGAAGGAGCUCAAAAGGUGGUGUCAGAGCUUAAAGGGCAGAUGCCUCGCACAGUCGACGGCCUUCUGAAACAGCUACCUGGAGUGGGACGCUACACUGCUGCAGCUAUAGGCUCUAUUGCACUGGAUCAGGUUACUGGAGCCGUGGAUGGCAAUUUGAUCCGGGUGCUGUGUCGACUGAGGGCCAUCGGUGCUGACAGCACAAGUCCUGCAGUAACAGAGGCACUUUGGAGUCUAGCCAACACACUGGUGGACCCUGAGAGACCCGGGGACUUUAACCAAGCCAUGAUGGAGCUGGGAGCACGAGUCUGCACCCCAAAAGGACCACUGUGCAGCCAGUGUCCCGUACAGGCUCACUGCCACUCUUUCCGCAAGGUUCAAGUCAAACAAGAGACAAACUCCAGGAAGCUCUUGGGGAAGCUAGACAGGAAGUCAUCCACCCUGCCUGAUAUAGAAGACUGUAUGAACAGUGGGACGUGUCCGCUGUGUCCCACGGAGCCCUGGGAUGAUGAGUUGGGAGUUCAGAACUUCCCCAGAAAGCCGGCGAAGAAGGCGCCUCGAGUGGAGCGAACUCUGACCUGUGUGGUGACGAGACCUGGCGAGGAGGGAGAGGACGAGUACCUGCUCACACAGAGGCCGAACAAAGGUUUGCUGGCAGGCUUGUGGGAGUUUCCGAGUCUUCUGCAGGAGGAGAAGAGCUCUGAGAUGAAACAGAAGAGGGCGCUGUGUGCUCAGAUCAGCGGGAUACUGGGAACCCCUCUGACGGAAAGCCUCGUCCAGUAUGUGGGAGAGGUGGUUCACAUCUUCUCCCACAUCCACCAGACGUACUUGGUUCACAGUGUGUGUUUGAAGGAAGCUGACACACUAACACAGACUGAAAAUGCACAGUGGCUCACCAGGUCUGCUCUGCAGGAGGCGGCUGUGUCCACGGGAGUAAAAAAGAUUGUGAAGUUGUGCGACUCUGUAGACAGUCAAAAAGAACAAACUUCUAAGGAUGGAAAAAUACAGAAGCACAGCGGCACAAAGAACAACAAGAGACCACAGACUUCCAAAAAACCCAAACUGAGUGCAGCUCACAGCGGCAGCAGACAGCUCUCCCUCAGCUCCUUCUUCAACAGCGUUAAAAAGGAAUCUUGAUGGUACUGUUGUGUGUCAAAGUCAUACACAUGUGCCUUACUGCCAAAGCAUCACAGUGUGUUGCCACAUCAAGGUAUUACUGUGGUCCAAUCAAAUUAUUUUAACAAGAUCAGUUUUUAAAUUCUGAAAAAAAUGCACAUUUUAAAAAACGAUAUUGCUCCUGUGAUGUUCCUGUCGGGACUUUUAGUGAAUCAACAGUGUAGUUUGAUUUGUAAUGACCUCAUUGUAGAUAAUGUUUUUAUCACUAUAUUGUAACUAGUCUACAUCUUUUACAAGCAGCAUGUACGAUUCUUGUCAUGUUUAUAACCACAAUAAAAGUGUAAUGUUAGCGGACAAAAAGUGUAGAGAAAGUAACUUUCAGCUUUUACGAUACUUAUAAUUAAACAGACACAAGACAUGGCAUGUUUGAUCUGCUGUUCAUCCUCCAAUCAAGAUUUAAUACCUGUUUUUUUAACAUGGAGAAAGUGAGCAAAACAUAGUGAACACAACUUGUCAGUGGCACCCCAGAAUGUUUUCACAGGGGUGGCCAGAUGAGCCACUGAAAAUCUUUGGGUAGCCAAAAAACCAAGUCAUUACUGAAUUUCAGGAAUUUUGAAUAUGCCGUUUAAGUUUAUGGGCUAGUUGAAGACUAUGUCAGUAUUAGAUGUAAGGAACCACAUACAUUUAUACUUUGGUUUCUGAUUUUACAGUUAAUACUACUAAUUAUUUGAUUUGCUAGUUAUCAUUUUGAUUUCCACAAUAAUCCUGUUUUAAUUUGUUCUGUACCUGCACACGUGUUGGGCGAUUCAUUGUUACCCAAAUAGGCUGGUUGUCCUUUUCUUUAAAAAGACCAGGGGCGUAAAUAUAGACAGUGCAGGCAGUGCGGUUGCACUGGGGCCCAUGGGGUGGAGGGGCCCGACUGCCACCUGGAAAUAUGCCCGUGUUCAAAGAAGAACUCACAUUAAAACAAAAAUGGUGCUAUUUUCCAUACAUGGCCUAAAUAAGGCAAACCCAUCUCCAUCAUGGUUUUCUG